GCGCUAAACAAUGGUUGAUGAGCUGAAUAGUACACCAUGCGUUCAAGAACUGGAUGCUUAACAUGUCGCAAUCGCAAACUCAAGUGUGAUGAGCACAAGCCGAUAUGUGGACAAUGUACGAAAGCCAGUCGCCAAUGUGUACCUAGCCCAGGUGUGGUCUUCAGACAUCAGCAGAAUGCAUCCAUGAAUGGAUCCGGCACCAGCAAUGCUGAUGGCGGCCUUAAAAGCUUUUAUGGCUACAAAGAAACCUUUGGCAAGGAUAGUAUUUGGGUUGAUAUUCCUCGUCAACUCACCUUUGUACACACAACUAACCCCUACGAUGAUCCGGACUCAUCACAUUUUCAUUCGAUCCCGGAGGCUAGAGAACCAGAACCACGGAUGGAGCAGACUUGGAACGCUACAGCCGAGUAUCCUUACCCCUUCAUGCCAAGUUCGACUCAUGGGCUAGAGGCGCUGUCUGCCGCAGCUUCAGGCGACCAUUACUUCCAAAACGCUUCACGACGAACGGGUGCACCAGAAGCUUUCUCACCACCAAUCGACCCGAGACUCGAUACUGAGUUAUCGGAGACGUGUAUGAAUUUGUUCGAGUCUGGACCAGAUACUGGACCAGACUUCGAUCCGAAGACUGACGAGGAUGUGCCCUUCCUACUACGCUAUUUCUCUGAGGGACCAGGCGAAUGGAUGGAUUUGUUUGACCUGGGGUCAUUUUUUGCAGUCGAUGUGCCUCUUAAGGCUGCUUACAGUCCUUUGCUGUUGUAUGCAUCGGUCGCAUUGUCAGCUAAAGCCUUAGGACGGAUCAGGAUCACAGCACAGCAUCCUAAAAGCUCUGGUUCGAAACGUACUCCAGCGGAGUGGUCACACAAGGCACGAUAUUAUUAUGAUCAAGCCAUCACGCUGCUAAGACAAGCCCUUGAGAACGAGACUCGACAGGCCUCUGUUGGUCAGCAUUCUCCGGGUUUAGCCACGACAACCUCAGAUUCCAUUGGAGAGCUGAGAGUAGAUCACCACUCAGCGUCUCCCCCAGUGUUGUCUCGACCAGACUCAGAUGAGUUGAUUGCCACGACGGCCAUACUCUGUGUGUUUGAGUUUCUCGAUGCUUCAGGUACCGAAUGGUCAAGACACCUAGAUGGUGCAAAAAGCCUCUUCGACAUUGCUAAGGAUGGUACGAUGCCUCUGUCGACUACCGCUUCGGACCAUAGUCCAAUGCUUAUGCCUAGAUCAACUACUUCCACCAAAGGCCGUCGUGCUGUUUUCUGGAACAUCUGCCGACAAGAGAUGUUGAAUGCUUUCAUCAACAACACCAGCACGAGAUUAGACACGACUGAUCUGUCCAUGUGGCGCUCGGCUGGUUUGCACAUCUCACAAGCCGGCUACAUCCUACCAUCCAAUGAUUCAGCAGUACAUGAACCAAUGACUGAUGACAUGAUAUCAAAUGCAUUGAUCUGGCUUAUGAUGAAGUUGGUCAAUUUCAUCUCUGCUGGCGAUGAAUUCCCUCACGAGAUGGGAUUAGGAGUUCGACAGAUAGCACUCCUGGAGUAUUGGGAAGGCCUGGAACAGCAAUUAGAUGUCUGGUUUGAGGGAUUGCCACAUAGUUUUAGACCCAGCGCGACCGAAUGGCCCGACAAGAGCAAUAACGACGUGAGGAGUGCUACUAAAGUUCUAAGAAAGUGGUUCGCUAGACCCAUGUGCGCGUCGACGAUGCAAUCGUUCCACUUUGCAAAGAUUCAAUUGCUGUUGAACAAACCUCACGAAUCCACUGGUACAACGCAUAUCAAGUCUUCAAGCACGCACAGCAAAGGCAAUACGUGGUCUUUGGCCCAGCGACACGCAUCAUAUGCGUCCAUCCUGCGCCAGAGCAGGAAACACGCCGAGGAGAUUGUCAGUAUUGGUCUGGGGCUCACAAACGACAGCGCCAGAAUUCACAGCGUUCAGCCUUUAUAUACAGCUGGACAGGUGUUAGGAAUGCGCGAGUCCAACACUAGAUCGGCACAGACCGAAGAAGGCCACUCGCCGGAUGAAGUUGAUGCUAUGCGAGGGUGUAUACUGAACCUGCUACAAAACAUUCAGAGGGAAACGGGGUGGGCGACAGAGUAUCGCAUGCAACAGCUGCUCGAAGAGUGGGGGUUGCCAAAUGGACAGGACUAGAGGUGAGGACAAGUCACAACAAUCACUACGAAGAGACUGGUGUCGUGAUCCAAAUGCAGUGCUACUCUGUGAGAAGUACUCGUGAGCUCGUACCGCGGAGGAUUGCAGAUCAGCGGCACGGUAUUCGGUCCGUAAGACCGUUGAUGGCUGGAUCCGAAGCCAUAGUGAGAUGGAGUUUGACGAGAAAUUCGCUCUUCAACGACGAGCGAGGGCUUUGCUCGAGUGGAUUGUUAGAUCAGAGCAACAGAAGUCAAAUAGUCAGGGCUGGAAUAAGAUGGCGGGUUAAUGAAGUUUGGUACUCGGAGUGCUGUGCAUGCGGGCACGGAGAAGACCGAUGCGGCAGAUGUACCGAAUAUCAAGAUGACACACAGAGAACAAUACCAGGGCGUGCAGAUGUGUGGAUUUCAGAGCACGCGAGCGAACAAGAGCAAGCAGUGAACGCAUAUUGCAGCAGACAGUAGAGUGCGCAAAGACGUUAUUCA